AUGGGCUCGAUUUCAGCACCUCGAAUCCGUCGCACGGCGCAAAACACUCAGUUCACGUACAACCUUUCGCGCCGCGUGAACGAUGUUCAGACCUACCCAGUAUACUCCCCUCAAGGUGCUACUAUUCUCAUCUACGGUCAUGAGAACGGCGUGACGAUUGCAUGGCGAGGAGGCAAGCGAUUUAAGACUGUGAAGAAGGCACCCCAUCCCGAAAAGCAGAACGGAGCUGCAGAUGAUUCGAUCAUGAUUAUCGACUCAGAUGACGACGGGCCACCCGCAAAGUCAAAGGCAGAAUCUCAGUAUGAGGACAACUCACAGUUUGAGGACGAGGUUGAGGAUAGCCCAUACCCCGAAAUAGUACAGACGCUCGACCUUGCGCUCGGAACGGCGAUCCUGAAGGUUGCGGUUAUGCCCAUGACCCCAACACCCGCAGAGGAUGCUGCGUGGGGAGGAGCCAAAGUGCUCACCGACAAGAUGGUUUUUGCUGUCUCGUGUGUCACCAACGAUGUCUAUGUCAUUACGGUUCCUCUCACUCCUCCCUCACCGGAGAGUAAGGCGAGAUCCGAGCUCAGAAACGAUCUUCUAGCAGGCAGGGCAGGAUCCGGAGCUUGGGGUGAGUCGCUCAUCCUACUUGGUGGUCAGAACAAGCACAGCGAGGGGAUUGCUAUCAACUUGAUCAUGCCAACAGCCACCGAGCGACCUGGUACGAAGCCUAGGGCAGUUGUAGCCUCGCACUCCCGUGAGGCGUCUGGAGUGCUUCGGCUUUGGGAUGUCCCUUUAGAUGCUAGCGACAAGCCCUCCAAAACCGUCGACCCAUUCCAGACCGAGUAUCUCCCCAACCCCCUCACAAGCAUAUCCUUCAACCCCACGCACACUACGCAGCUGCUGGCUGUUUCAGCCCUACAGGGUGUUCGUAUUUACGAUUUUGCACGGCCUUCCUUUGCCGACACGGAUGCCACCGGCCCUUUUCCUGUCCAGGGCUCAUGGCUGCUAUCCAUGUACCAGCCCUUUGCUCGCCCCUCAUCGACAAGAAAACCGGUUAUUGAUGCUGUUUGGAUAAUGCACGGGCGCGCGAUACUAGUGCUCCUUGCCGAUGGUAUGUGGGGUAUUUGGGACGUUGACGGUGUCAGUCCUUCUGGACCGGGUGCUGUCCUCUCCAGCAAACUCCAGACUGGCGUCAAGGGAGCGGCUUUGACAGCCUUUAGUGUUUCUGGAUAUGUAGAGGGGACAAGCUCGCUCCGAAGUCUUACGACGCAGAACAAGGAACAGACCACCGGAGAAUUUGCGCCCAUGACUCCUCACACUCGACGACAAGCUACCGCUUCACUGAGCUCUGCCAUCACACUUGACCGCCUGGCUACUAUCCGAGGUGGUAUCAAGGUGCUGUCUCUGCCGAGUAGUGGAAGUGCAAUCCAAGACGAGACAGUCGUUUUUUGGGUGGGUGAUCUGGAACACGUCUGUGUCAUCCCUGGUAUAACGCGGUUCUGGGAUUCUCAACUACGACAGGCUUCUGGUACUGGUGGUGACAUCUUCAGUAGCGCCCAGCCGGUGAAGAUGAUCAAGCUCCUGGAUUUGUCAACCGGGCUACUCGGGGAGAGAUGCUGUGGAGUCGGGCUGUUGAUAGACCCAGAUCACGGCAUCACUGCGCAAGACAGCAGUAUACCAGCAGAUGUCAUUGUGUAUGGUGAGACCAGGAUUAUCGUUGUCCGGGAGGGAGAAGAUGGACCAGGCAAGAUUGUUGGUGCUGUUGUCAACGCCCGAAGACGAAACCUGUUUUCCAAAGGCGACAAGUCUGAUGCUAUUAUUGUGCAUGGCAAGCAAACAAGACCUGCUAAGAACUUAUUCAACCUAAGCACCGUGAAGCCGGGUACAUUGCGGCUCCGAUCUGCCUUAGGCAAGCAUGGCAUUGAAGGCGAAUCAGACGCUGAUUUGCCAUCACGACCAGCGGUCGGUUUCGACUUUAUGGAUACGCUUAACGCGGCAGCGGACGUCACAGUCGAUGAAGACGAACGAAAUCUGGAAGUUGAGAUGCUGGAUAUCAUGGAGAUUGACAAAACACUCGAGAACAUGGAUAAUAGCCGAAGAAGGACAUAG